CUGAUGAAUUGUGGGUCAUCAUAUGGAUGUGUCAAAAUGUUUCUCUUGCCCUAACCUCUAUUAUGUAUUGGAGAAGCUAACCUUCUGCAAUUACCUAAAAUAAAGGGCGUUUUUCUCAAAAUCUGUUGGAUAUUAAUAAUAGUGCAGUAAUAUUACUAUUGAUAUGGAACAUUAAAAUGUAUUUUUAAUUGCCUUAUGUAAAUACAUGUUUUACCUGUGUAAAGGAGGUUACCUUACAUCAUUGAAGAGAUACUGAACAAAAAGGAAAAUGUCUGCGUCUGCUAUUUAUAUUCUAGACGUAAAGGGGAAGGUGUUGAUAUCGCGUAACUACAGAGGCGAUAUUGACCUUGGGGUAAUUGAAAAGUUCAUGCCUCUGUUGAUGGAGAAGGAAGAAGAGGGCAUGCUAACUCCAAUGCUGCAAACUACUGAGUGUACUUUUGCCUAUAUAAAGUACAAUAACUUGUACAUUGUCUCAACUACAAAGAAAAAUGCAAAUAUUGCUCUUGUAUUUGUGUUUCUGCAUAAAAUAGUCCAGGUUAUGACAGAAUACUUUAAAGAAAUUGAAGAAGAAAGUAUACGAGAUAAUUUUGUUGUUAUAUACGAGCUGUUGGACGAAUUGAUAGAUUUCGGUUAUCCUCAGACGACAGAUAGUAAAAUCUUACAAGAGUAUAUUACUCAAGAAGGCCACAAACUAGAAAUUCAGCCACGAAUACCCAUGGCUGUAACCAAUGCAGUCUCGUGGAGAUCCGAGGGUAUCAAAUAUAGGAAAAAUGAAGUGUUUCUAGAUGUUAUUGAAUCAGUUAAUUUAUUAGCAAAUGCAAAUGGAAAUGUGUUACGCAGUGAGAUUGUUGGAGCUAUCAAAAUGCGAGUGUACCUGUCUGGAAUGCCAGAACUUCGUUUAGGCCUCAAUGAUAAAGUGCUGUUUGAGAGUACCGGUAGAGGGAAAUCAAAAUCUGUAGAAUUGGAGGACGUCAAGUUCCAUCAGUGUGUCCGUUUGUCAAGAUUUGAAAACGACCGCACUAUCUCCUUCAUUCCACCUGAUGGAGAGUUCGAACUCAUGUCCUAUCGUCUCAACACUCAUGUGAAGCCACUGAUAUGGAUCGAAUCGGUGAUCGAGCGCCACGUCCACAGUAGAGUCGAGUACAUGAUCAAGGCCAAGUCCCAGUUCAAGAGAAGAUCAACUGCUAACAACGUGGAGGUGGUUAUCCCUGUGCCGGCCGAUGCAGACUCACCCAAGUUUAAGACCACAGUCGGCAGUGUCAAGUACGCCCCAGAGCAGAAUGCAAUUACAUGGACCAUCAAAUCUUUUCCGGGGGGUAAAGAAUAUUUGAUGCGGGCUCACUUCGGACUGCCCAGUGUGGAGUGUGAAGACAGCGAGGGCAAACCUCCAAUUCAAGUUAAAUUUGAAAUACCCUACUUUACCACAUCUGGAAUUCAGGUUCGAUAUUUGAAGAUCAUCGAGAAAAGUGGAUAUCAAGCUUUACCAUGGGUUCGAUAUAUCACGCAAAACGGUGAUUAUCAACUCAGGACCAACUAGAUUCUUAUAGGGACACAUUUCAGUUAAAUUAGGACCAAUUAAGUUUUUAUAGCACUGCAGUAUACUAAAUUAAAGUUUCAAAGGCAAUUGUAAUUUUUCACCAUUAUUUAUUUAAAAUUUUAACUUCAGUAUUAUUAUUUAUUGCUAUUAACUUCCUCUCUCUAUUUCAUUAUUAUUCAUCUCUAGAAUAUCUCUAACCCAUAAUUUUAACAAGACCAAUUGUACUAAACAAUUUAAGAUUCAUAUAAGUUUUAUAAAAAUCUAUCAAAAAGUGUAAAUUAAAUAAAACUUUCGUUCUAAAAAUUAAAAGAAUUUACAUUUGGAUAAGAAUGGAUAGUAGCAAUGAUAUUAUUUGCAUCAUUUUAAAACUAAAUUGUUAAUAAAAGCCUUUUAUUAUUGAUAUUUUGCUAUCUUAGUAAAUUUACUCAAUAUGAGGUUUCUUUAAUCAAAAAGGUAUAUAAACGUUUUGAUUUAGACACAAUGACUUGGAUUGGAUAAUCCUUAAAAUUGGAAAAAUAACAGUUUUUACAGUUUGAUGUGUUUGAGAUGGUCUGGAAUUUUUGAAAUUACAGGUUAGAAGGCAACAAAAUUCAUUAAUAAAUCUCAAAAGUAAAUUUAAGUACCUUUAAACAAAAGUAAUUUUCCUUUAGAAAUUAGGUAUGUACUCGUACCCUGAAGAGGCAAGGACUUCAGUGGAAUAUUCCUGUUAAAAUUCUUUCUAUUUGAGUGUAUGUUGAAAUGUAUUUUUCUAACUAAACUGUUUUGAUUCAAUAAAACUCCAUUUACCAUAUCUGA